AUGUCUGUGAAAUCUGAAUUAAAAUUACCUUUUUUUAUUAUUAUUAUUUACCCUUAUCUUUUUCUAUUUUCCUUUUUUAUUUCUCCUUUUUUCCUUUUUUAUUUCUCUUUUUUUUCCUUUUUUGUUUUUCCUUUUUUAUUUCUCCUUUUUUUUUUUCCCCCUUUUUUAUUUCUCCUUUUUUUUUUUUCCCCUUUUUUAUUUCUCCUUUUUUUUUCCUUUUUAUUUCUCCUUUUUUUUUUCCUUUUUUAUUUCUCCUUUUUUUUCUUUUUUUUUUCUCCUUUUUUUUUCUCCUUUUUUUAUUUCUCCUUUUUUUAUUUCUCCUUUUUUUUCUCCUUUUUUUUCUCUUUUUUUUUCCUUUUUUUUUUUCUCCUUUUUUUUUCUUUUUUUUUUUCUCCUUUUUUUUUUUCUCCUUUUUUUUUCCUUUUUUUAUUUCUCUUUUUUUUAUUUUUCCUUUUUUAUUUUUCCUUUUUUUUUUUUCCUUUUUUUUUUCUCCUUUUUCUUUCUCCCCUCCCGCUUUUUAUCUUUUUCUUAUCCGUCUGA